CCGGCCGGGCAGCGGCGGCUCCCGCGAUGUGAGCUCGGCUUUCUGCCUUCCCCGGCGGGGCCUGGCUGCAGCCGAGUCCGCGCUGCCGGGGCAGGGCUCCGGCAGCCGCCGAGCAGCGUGGAAGGGCGUGUGGCUGGAGAGACAGGAGGUGACAUCUCGGGGACAGGGAACCGGCGCCGCUUCCCGUCGAGUUCGGAGCCUCUCGGGCUGCGCUUCCCCCGGCGGGGCCGUUCCCUGCCCGCCGCCCCGAACCCGCGGCUUUUCCGAGGGUUUCCCGCUGCUUUCCCGCGGCUUUUCCUCUUUCUCCUGCGGCUCCAGGGAGCGGAGGAGACGCUUUUCCAUAGCCUGGCAACAGAGUGCGUGUAGUAACCGCGGUGUGGAGCGGGGACCCCCCGCGCAGGGGACGGGGAGCGGCGCGGUGGCACCGGGGGGACGGGCUGCGGGUCCUGCCGGCCGCUCCUUCCCCGCCGGGGCAGGAAAAGCAGCAGGGAAUGGCUGGUGGGAACCAACAAUGCGCAGGAGAAGUUGGUCCUUAGGAGUCUAAUUCCUGCCUCCACGCAAUGCUGCACACUCCAGAGGAGAGAACCUGGGUACUGAUAACAAGGACACGGUCCAAGUGCCACCCCUGGGCAUCACCAGCCACAAAGGGGAUGUGUUUGCCUGGGACAGGUGCAUUCCCAGUCUCAUAGAGCAGGAGAUUCUGAGCUGUGAACGUGCCACGCCAACACCUACAAUGUGAAACCUGUGCAGAAUUCCUGUUACUGUGCAGUGAACAGCAGGGAGCAAACCAUGGACACUCAGUUGUUCUCCCCAUUUUUGGGAGCAGUCCCCAGUCCCCCCACGCCUCUGGAAUCCUCCUGGCUGUGCAGCAACCGGCCAGGAUGUGCUGAGGAUCCUGGAUCCCAAACUGCCUUUCAGGAGUGCCCAAAGAAAAGGGCACCAAUAAGUCUUUCUUACUCUGGCAGUGGCCCUGAUAUGUUUGGUUUGGUGUCAAGCAUUUUGGAGGAGCCAAACAAGCCAGAACCAGCUACAGAUUGGAAUUCUCUAUCAAGAUUGUUUCCCCCUGUGUGGACACCUGAUCUGGGCAGCAAUGGGGAGUUCCCAGGGCUUCCAGCUCAGCAUUCUGUUCCAAACAAGGAUUUUCCCAACCUGCUGGGCACCAGCUGCCUUCAGGAGCCCCUGCAGGAGCCUCCUGAUGUGGAGAUGCUGCGCAGAGGUUUGGGAGACCUUCAGCUCAUCGAGUCUUGGCUCUCUCCCCGUGCUCCCCCUGACAAUGCCCUGAGGAACACUUACCCUGAAAACUCCUCUUUGCAAAACACCACCACGGCUCCCCAGGAGGGGUUUUCCUUCCCAAAUGGGAGCUGUAACCAGCAUUUGUGCACUUACGACCACGGGAGGGUAAACAGAGACUGUGAAAAAUGUGGGUCCAAUUUUAGCCCUUUUUCCCCUCGGAACAGGACGAAGGAAAGCCCCAGCGUUCAGAAGGAGCUUUGGAAGAGCGAAAGAGCAAGAGGAAAAGCUCUGAAAAAUUAUCCCCAAGGACAAACUAAGUAUUCCCCUGAUCUUUCCAAUCAGCCUGUGGAUAACUCUUGGGAUAAGGUACCCCAGGACAGCCACCUGUUUUCUAAAAGAUACGAAAACUUCACAGCUGCUCCCAAACUGCAGUCAUCUGUCCAUCCAUCACUUCAUUUUCUCAAUCAACCCCUGAAAGAAAAUCACUUUUCUGGAGGAACAGGCAGAAAACCCCAGGAAACCCAUGUGCCUAAUGGCCAUCGUGGCUUUACUUUGGGGGAUGUUUUUAAUAAUAACAAUAAUAAUGAGUGCACGGUGAAUCUGGGCCCUAAGGAAAGCUCUCAUCAAGUAGCUGAGUAUGAUUUAUCUGUGAAAAACGUGCAGAAUGGGAGUUAUUCCUCAUACCAGGGGGGUGUGUGGCUGGAUGGGAAAAGUCUGGCAGCUGCAUCUGAUGCUCCAUAUGGAAUACAAAUGGCAACGAGCCCCCAGUCCUCAUCAGGGGUUUCCACCAUGUCUGGGGGCUCUCCCACCCACCAGCCUCUAACACAGCCCUCCUACUACUCCCAGCUCCUACCCGCCCUCCCUCCCAGGAAAGGUGGGAGGUUACAAACAUCAAAUGGAGUUUCCAAUCAUUUGGGGGUUCCUCGUUUUGUCUCGGAGAGUCAGAAGCAGGUGAGACCCGUUGGAAGAUCCCAGGAGGACGCUGGGAUCAAUAAGGACGGGCGCCGUAAAUUCCCCGUUCGUUGUUCACCCGACUGGUUCGUGCAGCAGAAAGCUGCAGGUGAAGACCCUGAGAAAUACCAGAGGUUCCCAAAAAAGCAGAGCCAGGAAAAUGGCAAUAAAGAGGACAGAAGAGGCAGAAGGAAUUGGAUCCCUCAUUUGGGAUCUGCAGCCCCAAACCACCAGCCCUUCAGCGCGUUCCCGAAAAAGCACGAGCAGAACGGUGCCAGCUUGUCAGAUUUCAUCAAUCCUUCUCUGCUUCCUCCUUUCCCAUUAAUGUCUGAUUUUAAGCAAAAUCCCAGCUUUCCUCUGUUUAAUCACCAACCGUUUUCAUCAGGAAAUAAUUUUAAUUUCCCUCCGCCGCCAUUUCCAUUCUCGGACCUUGUUGAUCUUUUUCAUUAUGAUGACUUCAACCCCUUGAGUCCCUUCAUCAGUGAUCUCUUCCCUGGGGAAAUCCCUGCCCCCUACUUUGCCUUUCCAACCCCGUUUAACAAGUUCAGACCUCCCAGGAGCCGCAGUGGCCCUGCUAACGAGCUUCACAUCCGACUGGAGGAGUGCUAUGAGCAGUGGAGAGCUCUGGAGAAAGAGAGGAAGAAGACUGAGGCUGACCUUGCCAGACACUUCCCAGGGCAGCGCAUCUGCAGCUCCAGCAGCAGCCCCGUGUCCCAGCUCCCUGCGAACCCAUCCCGCGUGGAUCGCCUGAUUGUCGACCAGUGCCGGGAACGAGCCAGGGUGCUCACGCUAAUAGGGAAAAUGGAGAGGCUUGGUGGUGCCCCUGUGCACGGGAACAUCUCCAGGGCCUUGGAGCUCCACCUGGAAGCCAUCCAGGUGACCCAGGCACGUCGGAAGGAUGAGAUGGUGAACGCUGCUAACCCCCAGAGCCACGGGGUGCCACGCUAUAACAGUGAGAAAGACGUGCUGGCCCUGGCAGCUGCCCUGCGAGCCCUGGCUGGUGCCACGCGCAGGGCUCGCACCGCGCUCUGGUGCGCGCUGCAGGCGACCCUGCCAAAAACCCCCCCAGCUGGACCCGAAAAACAACAGCCCCUUCUUCAAGGGGCACUGCAAGAGCUUUGUCCUUCAAGCACGAGCACCCAGGAGAAAAGCAGCGUGGAGCACGAAAGCAGAGGAAGUGAAAAAGCUGAGGAAGCGACGAGGGUUUUGGAAUGACCGCAGAUAACGAAAGGAAAGCCGAGGAUGGGGAGGGAAGGGCUCGGGUCCUGCCCAGCACCGUGGGAGGUGGAUUUUCAUAGGAUGUCAGGAGGCAAAAAGGGUUAAUUAAUGUGCCUGGUCAGUGGUGCAGUUCUGGUAGUGGGAUUCUGGCGUGGAGAGGCACAGCUUGUCGUGGCGGUAGCGCCGUUUGAAUGAUGCUGGUGUCUGCUGCUGAGAGUUUUAAUGUUCUGAGGAGAUAACCAGUAGCUGAGCCUUUCCUCAUGUGCUUGUCCAAAGCUCUGUAUCAGCCCUGAGUCAGGCCAGGACCUGAGAAACCAGAGUGUGGUAGGACUUAAUUCUCCUUUUUUUUGUUAGUGAGACAAUUUAGUGUAUUUAAAGGUACUCAAAAAUCGUUCAGGGUUUGUUUUAUUUUUUUUUUGCACCACGUGUAGCUCUUUCCAGAGCCAGAGUGAUCCCUGAGUGUUUGCUCCCCAUCGCUGUGCCAGGAGCAGUGCAUGCUGCUGUGGUGGUGGUUGUUUUUGGGAUGGGUUAUCACUCAGUUUGGCAGGGAAUAAUCAGUGUUCCUUGCUGGUUGUGGGAGAGGCUGCAGCAGCCGUGCUGCCAGUUCAGUUUCCAGCAAAACCAGUGUGAACUGAGCUUUUCCACAGCACAGUCCACUUGGGCUUUUUCCACUAAAAAAGUGGAUUUUGUAGCUUUGCAGUGUGAACUGCAUGGAAGUAACACGUUAGCAGGUGGUAGAAGACUCACUCAGGAUUAGAAAUUAGAUUUACUGAUUCCUCAGUGGGUUUAAAACCAGUAACAAGUAACAUAGUAUGCACUUAAUUUAAAAAAACUAUUGUUUGUUGUUAAUAUAAGUUCAUGGUACUAUAAUGUUUUUCAGACACAUUCCAUAUUUAUUUUAAUGUCUUCAUUGAAUGUUUAUUUAAAAAUCUAUUUUAGUAAUAGGAAGUUAAAUAUUUUGCCAAAUCUUCCGAAUAAUCAGAUUUAAUGAUUUACUCAGGAACUCUGUAUAUUAUUAUAUGAAUAUACACAUGCUAUAUAGAGAUUUUUUGGGAAAGGGAUGUUUGCAAAAUAUUUACACAAAGCUAUGUACUAGAUUACCAAAGCUGUUUAACUGAUUAUUUUUUGAUGUGGAAGGUUUAAUAUAUUUAAUUGCUGUUAAUUAGUCUCCAUUGUGUGGCUUAGACAAUCAGAGUGUAGCUGUUCAGGGCGAGAUUUAGAAAAGAGUAAUUAAUUCAAGGUGUGUUCUUAGGGCCUUUAGGUAUAUUUCAGUGCUUUAACAACUGUCUUACUGUUACACAGUCUCUUAAUAUGUACUAAUAAUUAAGGUUCUUGAGUAUCAGGAUAUUAAUGAACAGCUUUGGAGAGCAGUUCUUGGGUUAAAAGUGAAUGAAGUUGGGGAUAUAAGCAAAAUCUGAAGGACAAAAAUGAAGAUUUUUGUGUCUCACAGUGUUCAGUGUCAGAUUUGAAAUAUUUGUGGGUAAUUAUAGAACUGUUCCCAUAUAUAUCUGUACUUGCAAAAUUGUUCCAAAUGCAGUUGUGUAGUUCUGGAUCUGUGGAUGUUGCUAGAGCAGAUGUUGUCUCAAUAGUGCCAUCCUUAACUCCACUGAGGCGUGGAAAUUUGUAGCUAAAAUUUGCCCAGGCCUCUUUGUAACCCACUGAGUAAAGUUUAAAAGCAAGAGUAGAUAGAAAUCAGGUUCUUAGUAUAUAGCAAGAUUUUGUUUUCUUCCCUAAAGAAAGUGAAUUCCAAUUAAAAGAUUAUUUUCAGCCUUAGCCUAAAAAUCAGGUUACCAGAGUUACUUUAGUGUGUUUUCUCUGUGUGCACAUGCAGUUUAUUUGCACAAACCAGUUCAAGAAGGUUCAAUCUGCAGUUGUGAAACUGAUUGUACUCCACACCUCUAAAGUGGAGUUUGCAGUAUUUCAGUUCGUGGCUGAUUUGGGGGUUUAAUUACCCAAAUUAAAAUUAAUUUACCAUUGCUGUGCUGGCAGGAAAUCCAAAUUUGAAAGUCUGGGUCUGUUGUUUUUCUUUCUUUCUGUUUACAGAACCCUUGUGGGUCCUGCAGGGUUGUUUUGUAGUGGUGAAUAUUUAGGGUAUAAUUGGUUCUUAUUGUACUGCUCACGUGUUAGUUAAUAUUGUGAAGGAUCAUGGUCUUAAUUAGUUCAUAGUUAAUGUGCCUUUAACAGUCUCAUUUUUCCAGAGUGGUAAAAAGCUGUGUGGUCACUUCUGGUUCCAAUUUCAGUUUAAAAAUGCAUUUUAAAGGGUUAUGUUUUAAAAAUUUAUUUUAAAGUGGCUGCAUUUGACUGCAAUCAGCACAGGCUGUUAAUUGUGUUAAUUGCACACACAAGAUCAUUCAGUUUGGGGCUCUUUAAGGAGCACUGUGGCUCUGGAAUGUCCCCCUGAAUCAUGUGCCCGGGUCAGAUGCUCCUUGUCAUGCCCUACAAAUGCUUGUGUUUCGCUUUGCCUCGCUCUGUUUUCUUCACCAAAACUCCAGGUCUUCGAUCAAAAAUGCUUUUUUUUAAGUGCCCUUUUCUUUAAAUGAGUUGGUUAUGGACAGCAUCAGGCCUAGGAUGGCUUUUGUCUUCAAUUCUCAUCUCAGACUGCUCCACUUCCGUUGUUUUAUUACAAAUCCUGUUGCAUUUUAGGGAAUAAAACCCACUUUAUUUUGUAAAAUAAUGCCUGGAGUUGCAGCAGUUCUGUCAGUCAGAACAUUAUUAUUGCUGCCUCGUAUCCAAUUUGGCAACAAGGUACAAAUUCUGCAAGUCUUGCACUGACUUUUUGGUGUGAAUAAGUACAAGCAUAAUGCUUGUGGCUUUAGGGACUAAUUGUAUUGAUGUUUUACUGACUUCAGGGGAAGCUGAAUUGAGGUUUUGGGUCACACUUAAGCCAAAGAGGUGGCUUUGGUUUGGAGUCAAAUUUGAGUUUUGAAGGAAAAAAAGAAAAUCCCCCUUUCCCUCCCCAUUUUGAGAAGCAAUCAGGUAAAAUUUAGUUUAUUCCCUUCUUUUCUGCUUCUACUCCCCACCCCCCCCCCCACUCAGCUUUCUUUAGAUUUAAUUGUUUAGGGUUUUGCCCUGUUUUGAUUUAUACUUUUAAAAUUUUUGGGGAGAGAUGAAGAGGGUGGCAGAGUUGUGGCCAGCCCUGGUGGCAGGGGUGCUGGAUUGCUCCAGUUUAAAUAAAUGGGAUUCUCAGGUGUCCCUUUGUAAGUCAGGAUUAUUAUCAGGGUGCUUUUUGAUAGUUGGUAGUGAAUCUUUAAUGCUUUAAAAUCCCAAACUGAUAGUCCAGUACAACAUAGACUUAAGAAUUAUAACUAUUUCUGUAUUCUGUAUGAAUAACUGGAGUUUUAGGGUGAUUCAACCUUACUAAUUCCCAGAAGGGAGGCUGGCAGCAGGGGAAGAACUCUUUAUUUUUUUUCUGGUUAUAGGUUUUGUAUCUCUGUUUUUCUGUAUCCACGAGGUCCCUUUGGCAGUUAAGUUGCUCUGAUGCUAUUUAUAUAAUCUAAAACUCAUCAAUUGGUAUUAAUUUGUUAUUUUCAUUAGAGCAGCAUGCAGGGAGGUUAUUUAAGUUGGUGAUGCUUGUCUUGCUGUGGCCUUUUCAGGAGUGGGUGAGAUGUAGUUCCCAAACUGCUGCUCUUGGAUUUUAUUCUUUCCAAACUGAGUAUUUUUCUUUGCUGCUGGUAUUUACCACCACUACCAAUGUUUUUGUCUGUACCUGGGUGUGUGAAAUUUGGAAAUGCUGCUCUAGUCCACAGUCAGUCUCUUAUGGUUAUUCCUGGCACCUUUUCCCUUGGAAGGAAGUGAAGGGUUCACAGUGGGGGUUAUGUGAGUGAGAGGCUUUGUCGAGGUAUUUCCCUUUGCAGAGAAGUGUGGGGAUACCCCAGGUUUUUAUGGGAAGCUCCCUGGCUUUCCUGUGCACUUUUCCAGAAGUGGCCACGAGCACAACUUCCUCUGGUUGUGUUUGAUCUGCAACCCUUUGUUUGGGGAUGUAAAGGAGGAAGAGGGAGCUUCAAGAAGGAAGGAGCUGCAGGGAGCCCUAAUUCCAGUGGAGAUCACUCUUCUUUUGGCUUCCAUGGUCAGGAGGGCUUGAGGGACCAGGAGUCUUUGCUUGAGUCAAGAUUCUUUUCCCCAUGUGCUGCUGGUGGAUGCUGAGAGGGUGCAGCUGCUGAGAUUUGGGGCAGAGUUGGCUUCUUCCUGCCCUGCUCUGGUGGCCAACCUUGCUCCCAGGUGUGUUUUAAUCAGGUUGUGUCCCAGCUUGAGGGACCAGGAGAGGGCUUGGGGACAGCUGGCCCAAGCCAGAGGGAUGUGGUUCUCCCUUUGGGAUCAGGAUCACCUCAUCUCCUGGCUGCUGGCUGGGAAGGGGCUAAGGUGGGAUUUAAACUCAGCUUGUCUAGAGUUAAGAAAUGACAAAGAGCAAGGAGGACUGAACACAAAAUGGGUUUGGUUGUGGUUCAAAUGUGUUCUUCCUUCAGUGGCAGAAUCCAGCUUGGCUCUGUGGGAUAUUCACUAAACCACCAUUGAACCAUGGCUCUGAUUCUGCAGGAAGUUGGAUUUUUGUUUUGUUUAAAUACUGUAAAAAAUAUGCAACAAACAGACCUUAAGCCUAUAUGUAUUUUUUUUUUAAUUCUGUUUUUACCUGCUCUGGAAGCUGGGUAUUAGAAUUUCUUUUUUUUUUUUUUUUUUUUUUUUUUUUUUUUUGGGCCCAUUCUCUGUUUGGGAGCUGCAGUUUUGACAAAUGCUGCAUGGUGGCACAACCCAAAGCAGUGAGGUUUGGGGAUUUUGUUCUUUGUAUCUUUAUUUCUGUGGCAGACUCUGUGACCUUAGCUGCAAAACUCAAUGUUAAAUUCCUUAUGAGCAGAGUCUGCUGCAGAUUUAUUUAUUUUUCCUGUUGGAGAUGUAGAAGUGGAAGAACUUUGGGUGAUUAUUUAGUGUUUGUAGAUUUGAGCACGAGCAGCGAACACAUCAGUCAAUAGGAGGGCAGUUGACUUUGGGAUAUGUAUUUUAAUUAUUAUUUUUGAAUAAUUGGGCUGCUGAAGAGCUGAGUGUGAUCCUGCUUUGUUGAAGCCACAGCUCUUAAGAGAUUUCUGUCUUGAUCUGGCUUUGCUGCUUUACCUUGAGUUCAGGAGCUCUUUAAACACAAGCUCAGUGGCUCACCUUGAACAUUUGUUACAAGGAACUCCAGAGGGAUGAGUUCCCAGCCUCUUUUAUCAGGAUUCUUGGAAUUAGCCAGGAUAAUUUUGCUUUCUCUCAAAGCUGAGGAAUGUACCUGCUGCAGGAACUGGGGCUGAACUGAUGGGUUCCUGGGAAUUUUGCACCUUGUUUUUCUCCUGUUCUGCUUCGAAGGAAAUAGAGCCUUAAACCAUGCUGAGACCUUGAUUUAUUCCAGUUUAUCCAUGUCAGUCACCAGCACUUUUUUUUCCCUUUUUCUUGGUUUGUAGCACUUGAGAUGUCUGAUUUUUAUCAAUUAUUUUUUUGGUGAAUAACUGCUUUGUAAUUUUCUAAAAUAAAAUAAUAACUUUGCUGAUCAAAUUUAUCAGUUACAUAGAGUGGAAGGUCCUUAUUUUUCUUCAUUAGCAAUACUGCAAUCAAAGGUGCAGAAUAAUGUGUUUAAUGUACGUGUUUGUGCUGUUAGAGAUUGAAAAUACAUUGGGCUAGGAGCAACUUUUAAACAAAUGGAGGAACUGGAGCUAAAAAUCCUCUUUGCUUGUUGCCAAAUGAGCUUUAAAAAAGAAUAUGUUUGCAUAUAAUAUAUUAAAAAAAAAGCUGGUUAGAGAGAGAAUAAAUCAGAGUAAAAAUCAUUGCCAGACAAAGAUUGCUUUAUGUUUUUUACUGAGUAAAACACAACUUGUUUAUGCACAGUAGUGACUUAAUGAGCAUAGUUUUUUCACAGAAUUAGUCUAUUUCCAAUAUAUAGAUGGGAAAAAUAAGUUUCCUUUUAUUUUUUAUGACAGAUACACAAAGAUGAAGAGUGUCUAUAUUUUAAUAUUACUGUCUGGUGUCUGAAGUGUAGCAUUGACAUGUGUGUUGGUCAAACUCACUUCCUUAAAACAUCCCAUUUUACAUUGCUAGGGAAAUAUUACUGAGGGCCCAACAGAAAUAUGUGAAAUUAUAACUUCGCUUAAAAAAAGUAAAUUGUUGAUUAUGCAAGAUUUUAAUCACUAAUCAAUUUAGGCUUAUUUAAGUAUUUCUGUAAAACAGCUGUGGGUGUUUGAACGCUGCAAAAAUCUGACUUCUACCUCUUGUGUAACAUCCUUAAAAUUCCCCUUCACAGAUGUACUCUGAUGCCACAGGGUGUUGGUGCACCUUAACUUGGGAAUUUAAUCUGCUUUUCCUUUUAUUUUUUUUAUGUGGAACACCAGGAUGCCUUGUUAUGUCCACCUGUGUUGAUCUGAUCAGGUUUGUGUUACAUGUGUGAGAGUCUCAGAAACAGGAGAAUUCUGUAACAAAUUAUGGCCAGUGUGAUUUUUCUGGUAUUAUUUUUUUUAUCUACGUGGUUUGAUUCCUUUUAUUUAAAUAAUCACCUGUGUUGUAUGGAUGUCCCUAAUAAAUAGUGACAGCUUGUUUAGAUCAACUCACACUGUUUCUCAGCUGCUGAAUUUGUUUGGUAAUUCUGCCUCGAAAAGACCUGUUAUGUGUUCAUGACAAAUUAAAAUCCUUUGUGUUUUUUGUGA